UUUCGGAGAAAGUGUGAUGUUUUCCCGGAAGUCAGUUAACAGAAAAUAGCUCAACGAAACCAAAUUGAAGAGGCUUUUCUUCUCUUUCACGUCCAUUUUCAUUCUUCUCCUUCAUUUCAUUCUUGGACGUGUACAAAAUAAAAAAGGAGCAUAUUUUUUCAAGAUUUAACCCAAACCCAUUUAUGAAUUCUCCAAUUUAAAGAAUAUGCAGAGAUGUAUAAGAUAGGGGAUCAAUUUGAAGACGGCAAUCCUUGAAAACCAAUAACUAUCAACAAUAGGAACCUCUCAUCAACGAGGGGCUCGAUUGAGAGGCCUUUAGGUUCGCGGUUGCCUAGUAAAUGAGAGUUGAGUUUGAUGUGAAGAAAUCUAGUAAGGCGGAGUGCAUGAUUGUCAUGUUCCAUUGAUAAACCGUCAGAUUGAACUUCCAAUGUUGAGAUAACAGAGGCGGAUAAUCCACCUAUUGUCAAUCGUUCCUUCAGGGAUAUACUGAAGGACCGAGUGGUCAAAAGCAACAGAGUGUAAAUCUCUUGAAGUUUUUCCUAGGUCGGUUCAAAUCCUGCCUCUACCGCUUGUUUAUUUGUCGUAGACUUAAGAGAAGAGAAAAUAGACUCAUUCAUUUAGCGUACAUGAUAAGGUUUAAGCAAUGAGAUCGUUUAACGUGGAGAAAAGAUGGAUAUUUCCUCUUAUUAUAAGCUCACUUGUGUCUGUUUUCCUUCUUGCAACCGCCUUCGACAUGGGCCUCAUUUCCUCAUUGCAUACGCUCAAUUCUGUCUUCUCAAUUUUCCCAUCCCAUGCUAUGGCAAAUCAAACUAGCUCGUAUUAUGGCGAAGUAAAAGUUCAGCAAGUUCCAAGUCCUCCUCCACCUCCUCCGCCUCCUCCACCACCUUCUCCACCACCACCACCUCCUCCUCCACCGCGUUUUGCUUAUUUGAUAUCCGGAUCGAAUGGUGAUCUAGAUCAACUUUGGAGAACGUUGAAAUCGCUGUAUCAUCCGUGGAAUUAUUACGUCGUUCACCUGGACCUAAAAUCAUCGGCGGAGGAGAGACUAGAACUUGCCUCAAGAGUUGCAAAAGAACCUGUUUUUGUGAAAAUUGGAAACGUGUACGUGAUUAAGAAAGCAAACAUGGUGACCUACCGCGGUCCAACGAUGGUCUCAAACACGCUUCAUGCCGCCUCUAUUCUCCUGAAGAAGUAUAAGCAUUGGGAUUGGUUUAUUAACUUGAGUGCUUCUGACUAUCCCCUGCUAACUCAAGACGAUCUUCUCUACACAUUUUCUCAAUUAAAACGCGACUUUAAUUUCAUCGAGCACACGAGCCGGUUGAGAUGGAAAGAGUCACAAAGGGCAAUGCCGCUUAUUAUAGACCCCGGACUCUAUCAGAAUACUAAGUCUGAUAUAUUUUGGGUGUCACCAAGAAGAACUCUUCCCACAUCAUUUAGACUCUUCACUGGCUCAGCUUGGACGGUCCUCUCGCGUGCAUUUGUGGAGUAUUGCAUAUGGGGUUGGGAUAAUCUUCCAAGGACUCUACUUAUGUACUACUCAAAUUUCGUGUCCUCUCCUGAAGGCUACUUUCAGACUGUUGUAUGCAAUGCCCCUGAAUUUUCAUCAACAGUUAUUAACCAUGACUUACACUAUAUUUCUUGGGAUAUCCCUCCAAAACAACAUCCACACAUUCUAUCACUCAAUGACAUUGGAAAAAUGAUAGCAAGUGGGGCCGCGUUCGCACGCAAGUUCAAGAAAGAUGAUCCGGCUAUGGACAAGAUCGAUCAAGAAUUUCUACAUCGGGGGAAUGGUAGCUUCACGCCGGGUGGUUGGUGCGCGGGAAUUCAAAUGUGUUCGGAAGUUGGGAAUCCGGCAAAGCUUAGACCGGGUCCCGGGGCUCAGAGGCUUCGACGUCUCAUCGAUAGAUUAGUUGACACAGCUAGUCAGAACCAGUGUAAGUAGAUUUUUUUUUGGUUAUACUUUUGCUGGUUCAUGAUCAAAAGAGUAUAAAGUCCAUGGAGAGAUUCUUUUUUGUUAUACUCAUUGUACUAAUUUUGGGUGGUGCUGUUUUUGGAACUACACAAGUCUGGAAAACUGAUUUAUCUUUAAUUUUGACCUCACCUCUAUGAUUUUUAAUUGCCUAUAAUGAAU